CACUCAGAGAUGAUAAACAAAUGACCAACUACAGGAAAAGAUUUGUUUACAGAAUCUCUAUAUAAUGUGUGUAUGGUGAAGCACACAACUCUAUGUAGACAAGUGAACAGAAAGAUGAUUAUGUUAGUAUGUUACAUAUAUAUGGGCUAUGGAGAUGACAUGGAAACAAUGAAGUGAUAGAGUUUUUAGUGAGAAGAAUGGAGAUAUCAGUAGGAGACCUAGGAGGAGGACUAGGAAAAACAGAGAAAGAGUACAUUCAAAGGCACCAUAAGCAGCAGCCUGCUGAUAAUCAGUGCACUUCAGCUCUUAUCAAGCACAUUAAAGCCCCUGUUCAUCUGGUAUGGUCAUUAGUAAGGAGAUUUGAUGAGCCACAAAAGUACAAGCCAUUCGUGAGUAGGUGUGUAGUACAGGGUAAUCUUGAGAUUGGGAGUGUUAGGGAAGUUGAUGUAAGGUCGGGGCUUCCAGCCACUACCAGCACCGAAAGACUGGAGCUUCUUAACGAAGACGAUCAUGUUUUAAGUGUUCGAAUUGUAGGUGGUGAUCACAGGCUCAGGAACUACUCAUCAAUCGUUUCUGUACAUCCGGAGGUGAGUACUGAAGGAAUUGCUGGGACUUUAGUCAUCGAAUCAUUUGUGGUAGAUGUACCUGAAGGGAAUACCAAGGAUGAAACCUGCUACUUUGUUGAAGCAUUGAUCAAAUGCAAUCUCAAAUCACUUGCUAAUGUAUCUGAGCGUCUGCGAUUUCAGGAUCAGAAUAAAAUGGACUUAUAGACUGAUAGGAGAAUGAGAGCUCCAGGUAUAAUUACAGGCAAUGAAGAUGAAAAGGUCAUCUGCAGUUACUGUGCCUGAAAGUUCAUUACAGCACAUACAACACUUCUGAAAUAAAAAAAAACGAUAGAAUAUGAGCAUCAUGUACAGAUUUUUGUCUGUGGUAAUAUGUUGUGGUCCGUAGCUUGUGUUAUUGGAGCAUUAUAUUGCAGUAUCAGCUUGAUAUUGCUCUGGUCCCGUUUUUAUUCUC